AUGUGUGUGUUAUUAGGAAUGGAGCGAGAGUUAGACGAGGAUGAGCUGCAGGAUUUGUACGCGUGGAUAGAUAAAAUUCGUCUUUCAAGACCAAAAAGGAAUAUCGCCAAUGACUUCAGCGACGGAGUGUUGGUGGCUGAGGUCGUUAAACAUUUCUGCCCGAAGAUUAUAGACUUGCACAACUACACCCCUGCCAGCUCCACACAACAGAAGCUCAGCAACUGGAACCUCCUCAACAGGAAGGUGUUCUCCAAGUUGAACUUCCAUGUGCCCGAGAAGUCGGUGAAGAAGAUUGUUCUGCGAUCCGCAGGAGUGAUCGAGAGCGUGCUGAGCGGCCUCAGGGAAAAGAUAGAACUGAGGCUAGAUCACAAGGCACACACUCUAUCAGAUUUGGAAUACUAUGACACCAGGAACCCAGAGAAAACUCUCACAGAGCUUACUCAGAACGAGGCCAGAUAUCUGUCUCAGAUGGUACAUGAGGAGGUGAAACGUGAUGAAAAAUUGAAAUUGGAGACAGGUGGCAAGCUACAACACACCGCUCAGUUUUACUCCAACUUGGACCCAGCCGUACGCCAAAUUCUAAAGGAAAAAGAGCACGGGGCUAUGGCUUUGCAGGAGACAGUAGAGAUUCUGCAGAUGAAGGUGAGCAAGUUGGAGCGCCUAGUUCAGCUAAAGGACAUGCGGAUAGACGACCUCAGGCAUAAUCUGGAGACGUGUACCUGUCUGAGAGGGAAACACUUGGAUUGUGAACCUAGCAGCAUAUAA